UGACGCAAAUGAUCCAGCUGGGCGGGGCGUGCUACGCCAGCGCGCGCGGAAGUGUGCGUGCACGAGCUCGAUGCUGAACUGUUGGUGGCGGAUUGUAUUGAUUAUCCGAACUGAUUUGCAAAACAUCUAAACACACCGACCGCAACGACUGCACGCGCACGCGGAAAGAUCUCGGGUAGAAAAAAGGGGUAAAGAAAAGCUGCAGGUGUGGGAAAAGCACGAGCACGAGACUUCUAAGCUGCGCAGACUCUAAGGAUGAGCCACGAGGACAGGAACCCGGCUGCAAAUCCUGAACCAGUGGAAGAUGUGCAAGGAGAUGCGCGCUGGAUGUCACAGCACAACCGUUUUGUGCAGGAGUGUAAGGAUGCUGAGCCGGACGUGCUGUUUGUUGGAGACUCGAUGGUGCAGCUGAUGCAGCAGCAGGAGGUAUGGAAAGAGCUGUUUUCUCCUCUGCAUGUGUUGAACUUCGGCAUUGCUGGAGACACGACCUGUAACGUGCUGUGGAGACUGCAGAACGGGGAGCUGCACAACAUCAAACCCAAGGUGGUGGUGGUUUGGGUCGGCACCACUAAUUACCAGCACACUGCGGAGCAGGUAUCCGGAGGAGUGAUGGAGAUCGUCCAGCUGCUCAUCAAUCAAAUACCGCACACCAAGAUCAUCCUGCUGGGUCUCUUGCCUCGUGGAGAACGGCAAAACCCCCUGCGUGAGAAGAACGCUAAGGUGAACGAUCUCCUGCGGGCUUCGGCAUCCAGACUAAGUUCAGUCCAGCUUCUAGACCUCAGCUCAGGCUUCACCCACUCAGACGGAACCAUCUCGUCCCGGGACAUGUUCGACUACCUGCACCUCACCUCAGCUGGAUAUCGAAAGGUGGCCCGGCCACUGCACGAUCUGCUGCUGCAGAUACUGGAGGAGACCCCCGACGAGAAACAGACCACCUUACCUUAAAGAUAAAGAGAGACAUAGAGACAUAGAUGUAGAGUAUGACAGGACAUAUUAAAGGAAUACUCCAUACUACAGUACAUGUUUCAACCCAAUCUCCACAUGCUGCACCUGUAGGGUACAAUCGGUUACCACAGACCAUAGCAGUUUGGGAUUAAAAGUAACACACACAUAAUUGAAUCCAGUGGGCAGAUGCUGAAUUUCAUGAAUAAAUGUAAAAAAUAUGUGACCGUCAAAGUGAAAUUGUGGGUAUUGCACAGCAAAAUGAGCGUAACCAUUCCCCUGUGUCUAAAUAAAGGGUAAUCUACAGUUACAGUAGAUAUAGCAAUUACCAGGAUUGUCAGUGUUGCGUGCAUAUGAAGGACAGGCAGAUUGUUCUUCUUUUUAGGUGUGCUGGUGUGGAGGCCUCCUCUCGCUGUGGAGAUCUGCGCAGGCACAGUAGCCAUAAUAAGCUGGAAUAUUAAGUUGUUUUGUGCGUUUUUUAAGCCAAACGUUAAAAACUGUUCAUAAGAUUGUAUCAGUAAUUUAAAUGAUGGUGUUCACAUGGAAGUUAGACCUUCAAUUUAGGGUAUUUUGGUCUCUUUACAUUCAAACAGAUUGGCCUUUGACUAUAGUCUUCCUGUAAUUGGUCAGAAAGUCCAAACUAUUGAAAAGCAUUGGUGUAUACCUUAAUCAUGCUCUGAUGCAGAUGGAUUGUAACAAUCCAUUAGAGGAGGUGGUUACGAUCUGGUCUCCAAUAAACUCUUGAGUGGUUGUAAUGUAUGCAACAAGUUUGAGCUAAACUUGCUUUAUUGCACAUAUAUUACUAAUAAUACAGUUAUGAAUAAACAUCAUCUCAAUUUUUCAUCUCAAUGCUAAAUGCUGCUGUAAAUGAAAGUGCUAGCCCAGAAAAAAAGAAGCUUCUUCUUGUAUUUACUUAUGCAAUGUGAACACAAAUGGAAGUUCAUGUAUUUACUGUAACAGUAGAUUACUCCCUUGUUUAUAAACAGAAAUAAAAGAAAUAUCCGCCACUAUGGUCGGUUUAAAUCCUGGUAAUGCAGCUUGCCAUCAGCUUCCGGCUAGAUGGCGCUCUUUCCCCUCAUCACCCCUAAGGUGAUGUCGAUCAGCACAAGGCAUCUGCGAGCUGAUGUAUCAGAACCAUGUCGGUGUGCUUUUCUCCGAGCGCACUGUGAUGCUACUCGGCAAUGCUGCAUCAGCAGGAAUUCAAAAAGAGACGGUGCCUGACUGAUUGGGGGGGGGGGAACAAAAAUUAUACAAAAUUACAAGAAAUAAAAGGAAUCUGAGGAAAGUCUUUCAUACUCAUUCUGCCGUGAGGUGCACAGAUUAUCACAGAUAGCAAGAAUUCAGCACAACACCUGAAAGUAAAGCAACUCGCCCAAUUCUAUCAUAACUAACAUUCUACGAACCAAUUAUUAAUUGGAAGUAUAGAGAGACUUCUCACUAAACUGCAGUGUGAAACCGAAACUAACCGGAUCGAAUACUGUAUAUGCAAUGUAACAAACACAAAACUGUGGUUCAUGGCACAUUUCAAGCUUGCUAUUUUGGCUUGUAGCAAACAGGGUAGGUGUGAAAGCACUCUCAAAUACUUGUAUGGCCAGUAGGCAGAGCUUAUUUCAAACAAUCAGUGUACAUAUAUGCAGCUUAACCUAUAAACACCAUCCAAUUAAGUGUUGAAUAGAUUAAAAUACAGAUGAACAUUGUGCUGAGAUUGAGUUCAGCAUCUGCCCAUUGACUUCUAUAAGAACUGAAUUUCCAAAGCAUUCUGUUGGUAGUCGAGUAUAUUCUACAUAUAUGCUGCAAAUAGAGGUUAAGUUGAAGAAUGUUGGAGUAGGCCUUUAACCAAAGAUAAAGGUAAAGAUACCAUAGUUAGGCUGCGUCCCAAAUUGUUCCCUAUUUGGUGCCCUACAAAGAACACUACAUUAUUUCCUGUGCUCAUAUAGCCUUAUAGCCGCAUAGUGCAUCACACAGCCAGUAGGGAGCUCCUGUCACAUUCCUUUACAAUCAAUACUUUCACCAUGUGUAUAUAUAAUUGUGUUAGUGGAGAGUGCCCCUAGCGGCAAAGGGGUGGAACUGUGUUUAUAAUUGGUUUACUGUACAUAAGGGCUGCACAAUAUUGGGGAAAAAAAAAUCUCACAUUGGAAAAUGUUUUAGUUCUGAGGUCAAAGUUUGGACACACCUUCUCAUUCAAUGUUUUUCUUUAUUUCUUUGUUUAAAUUAUUUUCUACAUGGUAGAUUAAUAUUAAAGACAUAUAAACAAUUAAGGGUUAUACAGAUCUGGAAAAAAAUAAGAGGCCACUUACAUAUUACGAGUUUCUUUGAUUUUACCAAAUUGAAAACCUCUGGAAUAUACUUAAGAGGAAGAUGGAUGAUCACAAGCCAUCCAACCAAACUAAACUGCUUGUAUUUUUGCACCAGGAGUAAAGGCAUAAAGUUCUCCAAAAGCAGUGUGUAAGACUGGUGGAAGAGCACAUGAUGCCAAGAUGCAUGAAAACUGUGAUUAAAACCAGGGUUAUUCCACCAAAUAUUGAUUUCUGCACUUCUGAAAAUUUUAUGAAUAUGAACUUAUUUUCUUAGCAUUAUUUGAGGUCUGAAAGUUCUGCAUCUUUUUUGUUAUUUCAGCCAUUUCUCAUUUUCUGCAAAUUAACACUCUAAAUGGCAAAUAUUGUGAUUUGGGAUGAGCUGGAGCUUCAAGAAAACGCACUGAAUGAGAAGAGGCGUGUCCAAAAGUUUGACUAUUACUGUAUGUUUCGAUGGAAAAUGAGAACAUUUUGGAUUGUCAUUUCAUAUCAAGCAGCAGAAAUUAUAUAAUAUUUGUAAUAUGAUGUAUUUGGUACAAAUUGACAUUGCCUAUAAUGUUGCAUGUCCUUCAAUGUGACUAUUGCAUAUCCAUUCAUUGCAAUGGCAAUGCUGAAACAAUAUAUUGUGCACCUUUAUGUACUGUACACCAGUGCUUUCAGUGAAUAAAAAUAUCACAUCCACACUAAUGUGGAGCUAAUGUGAGAUAAAAACUAAUAAAACAGUCUCCAAAAAAGUGGAGCUAAUGUGAGAUAAAAACUAAUAAAACAGUCUCCAAAAAAGCAAAAGUUCAGUAAAAAUCACAGAAAAGGAUACAAACGGUUGGAUAUUAGGUUUCUAUAGUUAAUCUACAUUGUUAGCUAAACCUAUAGGUUAUAUUUGUGGUAAUUGUGGGAGUGGGCUGUGUAAAUCAUUAUUUCUUAAGCUUCUCCUAUUUCAGAACUCAGAACUAUGGCAUUGUUCUUUUAAAUGUGAAAUAUACAGAAAUAUAUGUUCAGUUACUAAAUGACCAGUAGCUUACCUUGUGCUUUAAAGCAGGAGGAGCUUUAAUGACUAUGAGGACUGAUUGCAGUCCUCAGUGUUCCAUGUUGUGCUAUGUUAUUGUAUCUUUUUAUUCUUUUAUUUGAGUUUUAUUGUUCUAUAAUGAUUUAUAUUGUUCUGUAAAGAAUUGUGGCCCUCACGUUACUGACAUUCCAAAGUUAAUCAAGUCAAAUUAAUGAGACUAAUAACUAUAAGAAGUGUUUUUUCUACCCAAUAGAUCAGAAAACCUGUGAUUUCCAAAUGAAAUGCAUGUAGUAUAGAAUGGACAGCAGCUAAUGAUUGGUCUCUGUUGUAAACAUUGUCUCUAUUAAGUUUUAAAUCAGUGGAUCAAAAAACAUGUUCUAUGAUUUAGAUGCACAGAAUGGAGAGUAAAUUGUAAAAAUAUAAUGGAGUCAGAGUACUUUUAAAUUUUAAGCAACUUCCCAUUGACUCUUAUUAUAGUAUGGUAGCAUUGCAGCUUGCUCGGAGAAAAGCGCAGUGACUUGGUUCCGAUACAUCAGCUCACAGGCGCCUUGUGCUGAUCCACAUCACCCUAGGAGUGAUGAGGGAAAAAAGCCCCAUCUACCCACCCAAAGAGAACAAGACCAGGGAUUGCUCUCUCUCAGGGAUCCGGCAGCUGAUGGCAAGCUGCAUGACUGGGAUUCGAACCAGCAACCCCCUAAUCACAAUGGCAGCGCUGGAUUAUUUGGUGCCCCAACUAAAUAAAAGUUAUAUAUAUAUCUACAGUAUUAUCACCAUAUGGAGUUUUUUUUUCCAUUUACGUAACAUUUUUUGUUUCAAUAUUAUAGCAUACGAUACGAUAUGAGAUUUUGUACAAUGUAACCAAAAAAUUCUAAACGCACCACAAUGCACGUUUUAAAAGUACUCAUACUCCUUAUACUCGGUCCAAUUACACAUUGUUACAAAAGAGAUCUCUAAAUCCUAAACCCCAAAUUUACAUACUGUCACUUUAAUCCAUUUCCAGCAAUCCGACUAAAAUACUUUAAAGACUAUUGUUAGCACAUUUUAAGCUGACUGAUUUUUUUUUCUUGUUUUUUUUUUGAGUAUAUAUAAAGCACAUGUAUGAAAAUGUAUGUUUGUGCUGAGAAAUGUUGGUGUAAUGCUUUAAGUCACAGUAGCCUUAAUCAGUCAUCCAGUGCGUAAUGAAUUGCUGAAGUGUCUUUAUCUUAACAAGCAGAAGCUUAUUAUUGCAGCACUGCACAACACUAAUAUGCUGAUGUUACACUUUGUUUGAUGUGUCGGAAGUCCCUGUAUUGAGCUUGCACUUUUACCUGGGAGCAAGUGGGUGUGUGUGUAUACGUGUAAGUGUGUGCUACCAGCACUUGUACUGGUAUUAUAAAAGUUUUCUCGUGAUCUGUUUGGCUUAAUGUGCCUGUAAUAUCGUGUGUGUGUGUGUGUGUGUGAAUGUUGGCUAAAUGUUUGUUUAAGGAGCGUGGUCAGCUGUAGACCAGGAUGUUUAGCUAAACUCUCACUGGAAGCUUUUUAAAUAAAGGAUGGUGAAACUC